AUGGAGUUUCGCACGAUUGCCUACGAUAUUACUUUUCAUUAUUCACAAUUUUACUUCGUUACAAUAGCUGCGGUUCUUGGUACAGGCGUUCUUGGACUACCAAUAACAUUAUACGAUAGUGGUUUCGGCCCAUUUAUCAUUUCGAUUUGCAUAGCUUAUUUUGUUCAAGUAUUAUUAAUUCUUUUCUUCACAGAAGUCUUGCAAAAAGUCUAUUAUCAUAAUAUAGAAAAAUUAAAAGAGAGUGAGCAAGAUCAUAUGCUUAUUCAGGUAGAUACAGAAGAAUCACCUACGUCUGAAUCAAACUAUGAUGUUAUAGCAGAUCGUGUACAUAGUAGCGAAGCGCUGAAAAGAUGUUUACCAAAUUUAUAUUCGCUUGGCAAGCUUCUAUUACCAUCCUUUCUUCCUUAUAUAUACACAUUAGUCGUUAUUCUGCUAACAAUGGUAUUUUUAAUUUCUUAUGGUUUAGCCGGUAGUCAAGCAUUCGCAACAUUGUUUAAUAUCGUAUAUACUGACGUCAUUCCAGCCUUUUGUUGGAUUUUAACAUUUGUUGUUUUCGUGUUGCAUUCAUUUAUUCAACCAAUUAUUUCUGUAUUAACUCUUAUCAAAGCUAUACUUUUUACUAUGACAAUAAUUAUAACACUGAUAGUUGGUUCAAAAAUUCAAAAUCAACCCACCAGCGAUUAUAGUGCUACAGGCGAUUCGAUGUUGAUGAGUGCAAUGGCUUUAUGUGGUGCUGUAAACAUAAUGCCUCUGAUGUUUUCUAAAUUGAAGCAAACAAGACAACAAAUGAUUGGUUUUAAUGUAGCUGUUGUUCUUGGUUUAACAACAUGUCUCCUUCUAAAUAUUCUUUGGUGUUGGUCAGUAUUGGAAAUUGUGCCACAAAAAAGUGCCUGUCUACCAGUCUAUCCUAAUAAAACAAAUUCAAUUGAAUCUCAACUUUUUUCUGGCCUACAAGUUGCAGGCGAAUGUAUUGCUUCACCUUCCUUACAAGAAGCUGCAUUGAAAGGUGAAAUUUCAACGAUACCAUUAAGCAAAAUCCUUGAAAGCAAAAAAUAUGCUUCUUAUAAAUAUGUUUCAAUAAUUAUUGAAAUAUUUGUUGCGAUCAGCAUUUCAGUAUCAUUCAUAACAGUCGGAUCAAUAUUAUAUCAUACAAUCAGUGGUGUUGUUGAUUCAUAUUGGGAUUUAAAAAUGGAGACUGAAUCAAAAUAUAGAGGUAUUUUAAAAUAUUUUACUAAACGACGAAUCCUCGGGUUGGGCAUAUCAAUAAUAUGUUUCACAAUUGUAUUUGUUAUUGUAUUUACUAAACCAAAUAGUUUUAAAACUGUUCUUGAACAAGGUGGUACUAUUUUGUUAAGUAUUCAAAUAGGUAUUUUUGUUGCAAUGAUGAUCUAUCAAGUAUCAUUACCGAAUUUCAGUUCGUGCGAGAUUCCAUUUUCCUUACCAAAAUGGUUUUUUCAUUUGCAAUUUUUCAUUCCGGUUUAUUUUAUUUGUAUUUUUAUUUAUGACUUGUACGUUAUAAUUAAGAUGUAA